AUGGCUUCCAAUUCCAAUUGCAACCAGUCCAGUUCCGACAACAAGAAAUACAAGGGCGUCCGCCGCCGUAAGUGGGGGAAGUGGGUGUCGGAGAUUCGGGUUCCGGGCACCCAAGAGAGGCUGUGGCUCGGUUCUUACUCGUCACCGGAGGCCGCCGCCGUGGCUCACGACGUCGCAUACUAUUGCCUGAGAAGACCCUCCACCCUGGACCACCUCAACUUCCCGCCGAUGAUGCUGCCCUUGACCAACCAACUGCUCAUCCGCGACGACAUGUCGCCCGGCUCCAUUCAGAAGGCAGCCUCCGACGCCGCCAUGGCCGUCGACGCCCACUAUAUCUGCAACAACUUGUCUGAGCGGGGCAGCAGCGGCCCAGUAAUUCAGGGAUCAGAACAGUACAAUACGGCGCCGCAUUGGGAGGAUGCGGAGGAUUUCUGUGGUGGAAGAAGUGAUGAUCUCAACCUUUCCAUCGAAGAUUAUCUGUGAGUUGCCGCCGGGCAGGGCAGGGCAGGGUUUCCAUAGAUUAAAAACCCACUCUCCACUUGACUGAUUAAAUUGUAUAUAUAAAAUUAAAUCAAAUUACAGAGAAAAAUGUGA